AUGACGGGUCACGGAGUUCCGCUUGACACUCUCAAGCAGUGUCUCCAAUUCUUGAUGUGGUUGAAGAAUAAUGGUGUUAAGCAAGGGGAGGUGGCCGAAUAUUUACAUGGGCGUAUCAAAAACCAUUUUAAUUCCCCAUUUCUUUCAGUGGAAAACGUUGAAAAGGGCUUGUCCCCAUUCCUCACUGCCGUGUCAAACUUUUAUGAGAGAUUGUGCUACAAAGCAGAGGCAGGCAGUUAUGGCGGUAGAGACGCAGAGGACAUAGCCAACGCCCUCCUUGACUGUGUCCCUAAAUUCCUCGCUGCGAUCUACUAUCUGUGGUAUUGCGUGGAUCCUAGUUUCGUGUCACUUGGCGGGGGCGGGUGGCAGAAGGACUGGCCCGGGUACGGUGAGCGAUCUUGGCAUGGUGAUUGGGGCGGUGAUCUUGAUAGCGUCUUUGUGAGCUCCGUUAUUGGAGAAUCGGCCAAGCGUCCAGAGAACGCCGCGAAUUCUCUUGUGUUGGCGAGAACCUUUUGCGAUAUUGUUCUUGGGGAGACAGAUAAAGAGACAGGUGGAAAAUUAAUAGAAGCAUUGAAUGCAGGUUUACGCCAACAAGUAGGAUCAAGAGAUAAAUCCAUAUGCUGGAAAGAGUUACAUUCCCAUUGCACUAAGCUUCGAAAAAAAUUUUACAGAUUGUUCGGUGAAAAACACUUCGACUUCACCGGACUGUCGACGGACACCGGAAACCUUAAUAAGACAGAGUUGGCGAAGGAAACGGCGAAUUGGAUUAGACAGAAUGUGGUCAAUGUGCGGGGUCAUUUGAAUGAUAUUGAUACCAGUGAUCGUGUCAAACAUCUUGGAGAGUAUUUCACGAAAAACCUUUUCCCCUACGGUUUUACCAUUUUUAAUGGGACUCGCUUUAAAAUGAAUCCAAGUGAUCUUCAGACAUUGAAAAAAGAUUGGCGUGAGGUGAUCGAAGAGUUUAAGAAAAGCAACGGCGAUUUGAAUACGCUCAGAGAAAUUUUGAGUGGAACGUAUACAGCUUCGUGUCCCCCACCUCCGCCUAAAAAGCCUGAGGUGCCGCCUGCAAAGAAGCCUGAAGGGAAUCAAGAUCAAGGCAAGAAAGCGGAGGGAGCGCAGAACCAGGGGAAGAAGGCGGAGGGAGCGCAGAACCAAGGCAAGAAAUCUGAGGGGGCACAGAACCAGGGCAAGAAAGGUGAGGGAGCACAGAACCAGGGGAAGAAAGUGGAGGGAAGUCCUCCAACUCCUCAAGUUGUGAAGUCUGCUCUACCUCCGCCUCCCGGUGCUGAAGGAGCUCCAGGCCCAGGAGGGCCUAAAGGUGGUAAAGGAACUCCGGCGUCCCCUAGGCCUACAACUUCACCAGGUGGAAAGCCUGCUACACCUUCGACUCCCGGUGAUGCUGGCCCAGCAGGACCUACUGGUCCAGUGGAUUCGGUGUCUCCUAAGUCUACAGUUCGAAUAGAUUCACAAACUGUUCAACCCCCACCUCAGGACCCGCCAGUUACUCCAGCUCAACAUCCUGCUGCUUCUCCAACUGCUGUGCGAACGCAGUCUCCGGAUGUUGCAGGCUCAGUCUCUGGGCUAGCUGGUGUCCAGGGGACUGGCCAACAUGGUGGUCAUGUUGUUAGUCAAGUCUCCGAUCCAACUUCAAGCAGCGUCGUCACUGUGCCGGUUGUCACGGCGGCUGUUGGAGGUGGGAGUGGGAGUGAAGCUGGAGGGGGUGGUGGGAAGGGGCCUCCGCCGGCUAUGCCUACAAGUAAGCCCUAUGAGCCACAACUCAACCAGACGUAUUAUGAUAAUCUAGAGCAAAGAAAAACGCAUGAUCAGAAUAGGAUUUUAAAGGCGAUAGAAAGAGGCCAAAAAAUCCUAGAUGAAAAAGCGGAAGAGGAACGGAGACAUCAAGAAGAUUUAAAACGGAGACGUCACAAUGCAAAUAUUGCUUUUGCCAACUCUUUCGACGGAUUUAAAAUUGGCAGUUCGCUGGAGGGCAACGCUUUGCCGGACGUCUCCGCCCUUGUAGCGCAGAAACAAAAGGAGGCGGAGGAGAGAUCUAUAAGGCGUAAUAUUCAAUUUCUGUAA